AUGUCACCACCCGCACAGAAGAACAGGUUAGCCCGAAUCCGAGACAGCCAGAGGAGAUCGCGCGCCCGACGGAGAGAGUAUGUCCAGGAGCUCGAACAGCGACUCAGAGUGUACGAGAUUCGGGGCAGUGAGGCCUCUACUGAGAUUCAGAUGGCCGCGAGGAGAGUAGCCGAGGAGAACAAGCAGCUCCGAGAGUUUCUCAACUGGAACGGCUUUAGUGACAACCAUUUCGCCCAUUUCUUGCAGUCGGGUACCUCCGUGCAACUUAAUUCCGACCAAAGUCGUACUUUUUGCGACGGCGACCCUGGGGCUGCCGUCCAGUCACUGGAACAACAUCUGAUGCCGCGACAAUCGGUCAGUCAAGAUCAAGGCUUCUUCGUCCCUUCGUCGAGACAACCAUUCUGGGAGCCAUCCACCACCGGCGGGUCGACGACAAGUUCAUCCGUCUGGGAGCCGCCGCAACUGGCGAUGUCCUCGUACGGCUAUCAACAUCGCAUGGAAGUGGCAACCAUGGACUCGGCGGUUUAUACCCCGUACCCACCGACAACCGUUUUGAGUCGCGCGAGCACUACGCGGCAAGGCCGCGUCUGUGACGAACCACCGUCUCCGUCGAUAUUGGACGGCCCCGGCCAGCCCAUGGCCACAACACAGGCUACGGUCAUGGGCGGUCAUCCGGCAAUGAACUUGCACUAUUAUCUAUCGAACUAUUCAGACUCGACGAUGCCACAUUACGAUUCCCCAGAUAGUACCCGCUCCCGGAGAGAUGGUUCAACAAUGAAAUGA